AGAAAGAGAAUCCCAAGCAGGCUCCAUGCUCUAGCACAGAGCCUGACGUGGGACUUGGUAUUACAAACGGUGAGGUCAUGACCUGAGCUGAGAUCACUUAACUGACACUUAACACUUAACUGACCUAGCCACCCAGGUGACCCAGGACUUUUUUUAAAGCUAGAGAGCACACAUCUGUCUGAGUCCUGAUGCUCAAAUCCCCCCUUAAUGGUCAAACUUCCAUGCUCUACGGGGAGUGCCCAUCAGACACGGAAGAAGGGAAGCGUUUCUGCAGCCGGGCAGCAGGGGAGCCAUGAGAUACACUUACCCCACAUCCCACGCUUUCGCCCCUACCUAAGCGGCGGGAAGCAAAUCUCAAUUCAGGUCCUUGCGUUCCUCUUGCUGGUAACAAUAUUAACAAUGUAGCGAGUGCUUGUCUGCCGUGGGCCGUGCACUUCGUUAAGCCCUUUAGUUAUGGAAGUGCACUGAAUCCUUACCGUAGUGCUACAAGACAGGAAAAUGUUCCCACGUUUUGAAUACAAAAUCAGGGCCGGUCAGUGGGAAGUGACGCCUUCUAAAUAAAGUAGGGUUCAUGGAGAGCUAGGGUUGGAAGGGAGGUAUGCCCCUAUUUUGCUCUUCUGGCACGCUGGGUUUCGCUUACAAUGAGUCUUGUCACACUGUAUUUGUAUUACCUCCUUAUUGUGUAUUCUCUCAGUCAGCCGUAUACUUUUUGAGGCAGGGCUGUGUCCUUACGGUUCCGCCUGUGUCCCCACCCUUGGCACAGCUGGCCACCACACGUUUACUGCGUGAAAAAGGAAGCGAAUGAAUGAAUGCCUCUUCGGCACCUGGUACCUCCUCCCCUCUCUAGAGCAGCCUUGAAAACAUCAGAGGGAAUCUUUUCGCUUCCAUUUUGUAGUGUAAUUUAUUUAAAUAUCAACAAAUGAGUCCCCUCCCUUUCAGUGCUCAUAAGGCAACUCUGCUUCUGAGGUAAGAUGGCAGAGGGAAGAGAGGCAUGCUGGGCCAUCACUCUGCCAGAGGCAGGGAUGCCUUCGUGAAUGAUUCAGGAGCGAGUCUGCAGGACUUGGAACUCCAUUCUGUAUGGAUAGCGACAACCUCUGGUGGGAUGCAUUUGCCACUGAGUUUUUUGAAGAUGACGCCACCUUAACCCUUUCAUUUUGUUUGGAAGAUGGACCAAAGCGAUACACUAUCGGCAGGACGCUUAUCCCUCGUUACUUUAGCACUGUGUUUGAAGGAGGGGUGACUGACCUGUAUUACAUCCUCAAACACUCGAAAGAGUCAUACCACAACUCAUCCAUCACAGUGGACUGCGACCAGUGUGCUAUGGUCACCCAGCAUGGGAAGCCCAUGUUUACCAAGGUAUGUACAGAAGGCAGACUGAUCUUGGAGUUCACCUUUGAUGAUCUCAUGAGAAUAAAAACAUGGCACUUUACCAUUAGACAAUACAGAGAGUUAGUCCCAAGGAGCAUUCUAGCCAUGCACGCACAAGAUCCUCAGGUCCUGGAUCAGCUAUCCAAAAACAUCACCAGGAUGGGACUAACAAAUUUCACCCUCAACUACCUCAGGUUGUGUGUAAUACUGGAGCCAAUGCAGGAGCUGAUGUCGAGACAUAAAACCUACAACCUCAGUCCACGAGACUGCCUGAAGACCUGCUUGUUUCAGAAGUGGCAGCGAAUGGUAGCACCACCAGCAGAACCCACACGGCAGCCGACGACGAAGCGGAGAAAAAGAAAAAACUCCACCAGCAGCACGUCCAACAGCAGCGCCGGGAACACCGCCAACAGCACCGGCAGCAAGAAGAAGACGCCAGCCGCUAACCUGAGUCUGUCCAGUCAGGUACCUGAUGUGAUGGUGGUAGGCGAACCAACCUUGAUGGGAGGUGAGUUUGGGGACGAGGACGAAAGGCUAAUCACUAGAUUAGAAAACACGCAAUAUGACGCGGCCAACGGCGUGGACGACGAGGAAGACUUCAACAGCCCCCCGGCCCUGGGGAACAGCAGCCCGUGGAGCAGUAAACCCCCCGCCGCUCAAGAGACCAAAUCAGAAAACGCCCCACCCCAGGCUCCCCAGUGACACUGACCCGCACCCGCACCCGCCCCCGCCGUCAGUAGGUCGUGGGGCACGCUCACGCUUGCAGAUCCUUGCUUGCAGGAGAGGAAGGAGGAGAAAUAAAAAACUCUUCCACGCAAAUACCUGUUUCUAAACCACAAUGAUCUGAGUUUGGGUUUCUUUGUUCUUUCUUUUUUUUCUUUUUUGAAUUGAGAGGAUCGUUCCAAUAAACUUCCCUGACCCUUCCCUGGAGGCCUUCACAGGUAACACAGAGAGUGGCACUGAUCUUAAUGAAAAGAGCGAAAGCUUGCGCUUCUCCGGGCUCGGUGUUAACCACGUGUUUGUUAAUUACACCCCACCCCCCCCCAACCCCACCCCGACGAAGGCCAUGUUGUCAAUACGCCCUCAGUGCUCAGGGUCUCGUUAUAUGCCGACCCUAACUACAGAUGACUUUUUAAUAUUGUAAAAUAUUUUCUGCUUUUUGACUUGCAUCUGAGAGUUUCCUGUUUCAGUAAAAAAAGAAAAGAAAAAAAAUCAGCCUUUGGACAGUAAUUUCAAUGUAUCCUUAUUAUUAUUUUUUUCCUUCACCUUUUCUUUCCUGGGGUGACAGCUAAGAGGGCCUUGCAGGGUAAUUAUUGGGUGAGCUCAUGUCAGUCGGUUCUCCAACCGCAGCUGGUUCAGUUGAGCCCAAGGGCUGAAACCAGAAAUGUCUUUUUGUCAUCGAAGACACCGAGGCAGAUUUUUAUGUAAAGACAGACACCUGGCCCCUCGAGAACCUACUCGUUUGUAAAAUUGCUGUUGAUCCAAAUCUUUUCAAGACAUGUAAUCCAUUAAUUUUGUGGGCAGGUUAAUAAAUCUGAAACUUUUUUGUGUUUUUUAUCGUAUCUGAGUUGACUGUUGUUUCUUUUCAUGGUAUAUUUCUUGUAUAAUAUUUUGUAAAGCCCUCACCUGGUUCUUUUAUGGGGAUUCUUCUUUGGGGGCAAUUCCACUGUAUUUAUGUGAAACUUUAUAAGAGAACUAAUUUUUCCAUUUGCAUAUUAAUAUGUUCUUCCACACAUGUAAAGACACAGUGGCUCCGUGUGUUAUAAAACAGCUGUAUUUUAUGUAUGCUUUACUGAUAAGUGUGCCAAUAAUAAACUGUGUUAACGACCAAA